AUGGUGGCACAUAUGAAGGGUGUUUUGAGGUUUGGAAGGAAAGGGAAGUUGAGCCCGACGUUCGGACCUUUCAAGGUCUUGGAUGGAAUUGGUCUUGUAGCUUACCGAUUGGUAUUGCCUCCAUCACGUUUUUCAGUUCAUAAUAUAUUCCAUGUUUCGAUGCAAAGAAAGUAUGUAACAGAUCCGUCCCAUGUAGUUGACUUUGAGCCAUUAUGGUUGAAUGGCAACUUGAGUUAUGAAGAGAGACCUAUGCAGAUUCUCACCAGAGAGGUGAAGAUGUUACGCAAUAAGAAAAUAGCACUCGUAAAGAUUUCGUGGCAGAAUAAGCAGUUCGAAGAGGCCACUUGGGAACGAGAGGAUGAGAUGAGGACCCAGUACUCAGAACUUUUUCAGGAAUGA